UAGGGUAAUGGCUACAACCGCUAUUCCUGCCAGAGUAAUAUACGACUUUGAGGGUCAGGCUGAUAACAAUGAGAUAACGGUGUACGAACAUGAACUUGUUACUGUUGUUUGCGAGGAUGUGGGUGAAGGCUGGGUAGAGGCAGUAAAAGAGAACGGAGAACAGGGUCUAGUUCCUGCUUCUUACAUUGACUAUGAUGAAUACGAGGUGAUGCAGCCCCCAGGCCCAGUUCAUGACGAGUGGUCGGAACCUCCACCACCACCACCAGCAGAUACCGGGGUACAGUUCGCAGAGCAGCCUGCUCCUGGUGGGGUACAGUUCGUAGGGCAGCCUGCUCCUGGUGAUAACGAGUGGUCGGAUUACGAUUCAGAUGAAGAUCAACACAGCAGGCAGACUAGGCCUAGUGUCAGUUUAGACGUGGACGACGAGUCUAGAGCAGCUCAGCACCAGAGAUCUAACACAAUGAAGAAGAGUAUGAACAGAUUUACACCCUACGUGAAAAGUGGAGCAGAAGACUUUAUUCUCGGUAAAGAUAAAGAACAGAUAGCUGAAUCAGAUACUAUUACAAUUAUUUGCCCAAACAACAUAGACCUGUGCUGGCAGCCCAACCAGAUAAUAGCCGUGGAGAUAACAGAGCCAAUCAAGAAAGCUAAGUUUAAAGGGAUGAAGAGCUUUAUGUCUUAUCACAUAACACCAAAUACUACCAAUCUUACUGUUGAACGAAGGUACAAGCAGUUUGAUUGGUUCCACGGUAGACUAACAGAGAAGUUCCCUUGUUUUAUUAUUCCACCCCUACCUGAGAAAGCUGUCGUAGGUAAAUACCAGCAGGAUUUCAUCGAACAGAGGAGAGACAAACUGGAACUGUUUUUAAACAGGAUUGGAAGACAUCCUAUAAUCUCCAACUGCAACGUAACCAACCACUUUCUUAAGUGCCAGGACGAUAAGGAUUGGAAGGACGGUAAAAGAAAAGCAGAAUCAGACAAGACCGCUAGAUCAGGCUUUUUUAUGACUGUUAAAUGUGAGGGCCCACUUCCAGACAAUCUGAGCAGUGAGAGUUAUGUGGGAAGUUUCAGUACCUUCAGUAAGAAAAUGGAGGGUACACUAGACAAACUGGUGAAGCAGAACGAGGACUACGCUGGCAAGAUGACUGGAGGUAUAAAGCACAUGUACUCAAAGUAUGGUCACAUAUUUAAAGAGUUAGGAGAGUUGUACGAUACUGGACCACUAAGUGACUCUAAACCAGUUAAUGUGGCCCUGAUGGGGACGGGGCGGUGUUAUCAGGAGAUAUCUGAAGUGUACGAGAACCAGCCGAGAUAUGACGCACACGUGCUAAGUGAAAGUGUGCGAGAGUACCAGGGUAUGUUGAGCUCUGUUCCAGACAUGUUACAUGUACACAAGGGAGCAGCACAGAAGGUGAAGGACUACACGCAGAGAGAAGGAGAGAAGGAUGUGGAAGAGGAGGCGAAGGUGCUACAGCGGUACAGCACUAUUAGCGCUGCUGUCAUGUCCGAGAUAAACCACUUUCACACUGAACGAAACAGGGACUUUAACUUCAUGGUCAGAGGUUUCAUAGCCUCUCAAAUUGACUUCCAUAAGAACAUUUUACUGAAGCUGGAAAACGCGCUCAAUCAAUAUCCAGAUCCUUCAACUUUAGAAUGAACAAUGACCAAUAUGACAUGAGGAUAUUCCAAUAGUUAUAAUGAGACUGAUGUACUAUACUUCCAACUGAUGUGGAUACACUAAACACGUCUGCUUUUCGUUUUUGAUUUGAGUGAUCGUUUUUAUUAUUCAGUGAUGUAAAGUACAUUCAAUGUUUAGAAUUUCGUAUGAUUUAGCUUUUUUAUUUCAAUUAAAUUUAAAUACAAGUUAACGGGGGAUGAUUUUAAUAACUUUGUUUCAAGCAUUUGAGUCGCAUUAUUUUUAGGAAUAUGCAUUUUGCUCUGAAGAUUAUUGAGAUUUGGACAUUCUUUACUAGCGAACUUUAUUGAUUUAUCGUCUUUAACAUUUGUAAACAA